GCAGACGAUACAUUGGAUAAUGUCAAAAUAUAUUCACUGUUUAAGCUUCCUACAGAAUUAGGAACAAUUGAUUGUCUUUUUUUAAGUUAGAAUAUUGUAAAGUCUUAUUUAUUCAGAAGAAUUUAUAAAUAGAUAUGAUAGAAAAUCUUGCAGCUAAAUUAUGUUUACUUUUACGGGAAGAAGCACAUUCAGCCGAGCAAUGGAAAUUACUUGGUCAAGAAAAAGAUGGAUCUCUAUUAGUUGGUUGGACAGAGGAAACUAUAAAGAACAAUAUAAGCAUAUCAUAUACAGUUGUAGGCCAUUACGACCGGAUUAAUGAUAAGUUGCAGGUAUUGCAUCAAUUCUUAGAAGUUUUAAACAUUGUACAAGCAACAAUAAACCAAAAUCGUACUGUUUUUGGAUAUGUGACAAAACAAAAAGUUUCUAUAGAUACAAGUGUAAAAUCUCCUGUAAAGUCAGAAGCUACAAAAGAAAAAGAGGAGAAUAUAUCAACUGAAGUUGAAAUGUAUGAAGCAUUCAUUGUUGAAUUAAAAAGAAAAGAAGUAAAGGUACACGACUUGGAUAAAAAAAAGUCUAAACAACUGAGAAUUCAAUUUUUAUACAAAGAAAAGGAACAUGAACAGUGGGAUAAAUUUUUAUUAUUAAUUCAUCAAGAAUGUAUAAUAAUAUACACCAUAGUGUUUGAUAUAUCUGUAUCAGGAUUUUAUUCAAUACAAGAAUUAAAAUCUGAGUCAUUAGUUAAAGCAUUUAUUUGGGCUCAGUGGGAUAUGAUAAACCAAGUUUUAUAUCAUAUACAUCAUAAAAAAAUUCCAAUAAGUUUAGUUUCUGAAGAUGAAGAAGAAAAAGAAAACAAAUCAGUAAGAACUAACCCAACACUCAGUGGUCUUCAAUUUCAUGAUGAAUUACCACAUGAAACAGUGCUAAAUAUACCAUUGAAUUUACCUCAAUUAUCAACUUCUUCCAACUGUGGAACAUAUGAAGAUGAUGUUAUACCUUUGAGAGUUCAUGAUUGUUCUUUAGAUCUCAUUGUAGUGUCUGACUCUAAAGGAAUGGUCUGUGUUUGUCACCAUUACUUAUAUCGCCCAGUAAAAUCACAACAGCAUGUACUUAAUUUAUUGAGUGAAUCUAAUACAGUACACUUUGCAUAUUCUGUAACGCUUCUUCAUCACAGUUGUGUGAUACAUUGUGUUAUACCAGGCAUACCGUGGUCUCAUGCUAAACUUAUACGACCAACGUUCGCAAUAUACGAACAUCAUUACAUGGUUGUUCUUGUACCAGGUUUAUUCACUCACCUUCUUGAAAUUGGAACGAAUCAUGAACCAUGUUGUCAUAUAUUAUGUGGUCCUUUAACUUCUCUUCCAUCCCGUUCUUCUUAUUUGGUACCAUUGCUUGAAUUAGAAAUUAAUAGCAAAGUAAACAAAAAGAAGUAUGAUACAAUUUCUUUAGAAGGAAAUAAUACAUCUCAGUCUAAUACGAAUAUACUAACAAUAGACUUACCUACAUUGGAUUUAGUACAAUUAACAAUUUCAUCUGACUUUUUUAUCGAUGUAUUUCGGAAAGAAGGUUCGACCGAAAUACGCUUGGGCAUACUACACUACUUUCUUUGUCAUAGAAAUGAUCUGGAUAUUAUUUCAGAAUUAGUAUGCACGAUUGCAGAGAAACCUAGGUCGUUAGAAAUUGUACGGUACAUGCAAGAAAUUCUUAUCGGCGGUUCAUAUGCUUUAGUACAAAAAAAUUUAUUAGCAGAUGCUAUACCUCUAUUGUCUUUACUACCUGUUACAACUAUGGAAGAUUACAUAAGUUUUGAGAUCAAAGUAAAUGAUUUAAGUAUAACAUUAAGUCAUGAAAAACUUUGGAAUACAUCAGUAAUGUUACUAUCACCACAACAGAGGUUGAUUCCUUAUCGCAGUGACUUGUGGACUAGAUUGUGGGAUCAACUUAGUAAGAAUAACGGAGAUAAAACAAGAUUUAAACCAAGCAAAAUUGCAGAGAAAUUAUUAGUUUCUUUAGCAUGUUAUCAACCUGAAGCAUUAUCCAGAUCCAGUACUCCAAUGUCUCCAAGUGGAGGAUUAGUUGUGGCCACAGUAUCUCUUGGAGAUUUAACUAGUAAUCGUAGUAAUAAACUAAUAGACUCCAGUUUACCAUUUAACGAAACAGAAAGCUGUACUGCUUCCAAACAAGAACAUAUUGUAUCUGUAAAUUUACGGGAAUUGUCCAUGUACUUAUUAAAACAUGGUACUCAGACAUCAAUAACACAUGUUAAAGGAUCGUGUACUCCGUUACAUGUUCAUGCUAUGGCAACCAGACAUGUGGCAGCACAGUUAGAAACAUCGCGGGCUCUAUGUCAAAUGUUAUGCCGAGCAGCUAGCGUUGAUCCGCGAAUUGAACAAGAGCGUGGUUUUAUUCUUGUCGAUCAGUUAGAUGAAAUAAGACGAUGGCUACUGUUUAUUCUGUUGGAGCGCUAUAGACGCGCGAUAGAAAGCAUAGCAUUUCCAGCACCACAGGGAUUUACAUCGUUUUUCACUUAUCUUGGGUAUAGAACUUUAAAAUAUUCGAUGUUUUUACAAUAUGUACAAAGAUCAGUAUUUGAAUUACAAGUUGAUGUCAGCAAAAUUAUUAUGGCUGAUAUCAGUGAUACAAAAGAAAAUGCUGUUCGUAAAUUAGCUUUAUUGUCUUUACUGCCAAGAUCACGAGCGAAAAGGCUUUUAAAUCAAUGGUUACAUCCUGUAAGUUUUAUGUUACGAGCUCGUGAACACGCUGCGAGUAUUUUAUCUGGUGAGGUGUGCCAAACCCGUGGUAGAACAUUGCAACACAAAAAUCAUCAUAAUGGUUUAGCGGCAUUUCCUUCGGCAGAUCGUUUAUCUCCAUUAGAUACAUUCCUUGAUCUUCUUACAGCUAAAGCUAGUCUAGCUGAAUUAGAUUUUGGCCUACUUAUAGAAGCUACAGUAACAUCUACAGAAGAUUUUUUAUAGGUAAAUGUAUUUCAA